UUCAAAUAACCAUAUUUUUUGGUUUUGAUAUGUUCAUUUUACUAUGCCUAAUAUCUCUCCCUCUUAUAAACAAUGCCCACAUUAUAGCUUGUAGUGGUUACAUUAAAUCUAAUGUAUCUGAAAUAUCAUGGGCAUCGAUUAAGGUUCACCUUUUUAAAUAUGGUGCAUUAAAGGGCCAAGCAGAAUUAUCUCCACAUAACAAUCUUUAUAUUAUUCCUAUAUAUGAAAAUGGAACUUAUACCAUAAAACUUGAUGUGCCAGGGAAUUGGAAUUUUUACCCUUCUGAAUAUAAUAUUUUGAUUGACGGUGUAACUGAUCAAUGUACAAAAGGAGAAAAUUUAAAUUUCGAUUUUGCAGGAUUUUACUUAUCUGACAGAAUUUACACAUUUCCUAAAUUAAAAGGCCCAAGUGGAGUGCACAUAGAGCUGAGAGAUAAAAUUAUGAACAAUUUAAUUAUGAAUACUAUAACGGAUAAUGAAGGAAUGUAUCACUUUUCAAAGCCAAUACUACCUGGAAAUUAUAAAAUUAAUGCAUUGCAUGAUCAUUGGCAGUUUAUUCAAUCCCAAAUAUUGAUUAAUUUGACAAAAGAUGGGAAUAUUGAAAAAUUAAUUGGCGAAGAUAUAUUAGUAACUGGAUACUUGAUAAAAGCCAAAAUUCUUCUAAUUAAUGGGCCAGGAUUAGAUCCCAAUCAACCGACUAAACAAAAUGGUUUUCGAGUAAAUUUUUAUCUUUUCACGAUCGAUAAUCAAGUCACCUGUGAACGCGUCAAAUGUCAGCAGGAUUAUGGCUAUGAAGUUAAUCAAGAAGAUAGCGAUACCAUAAUAACCGAUAGCCAAAAUAUUGCUAAAAAUAUUAUAUCCAAGACUCUCUAUCCAAAUAACACAAAGGUGAGGCAAGAUAACUUUAAACUUUGUAAACAAUGCCAUUCUGACACAUUAACGGGACAAGUUGGUUAUUCUAAUGUAAUUCCUGGUCGAUAUAGAAUGAUACCCUAUUAUCGAAACAAAGACGUAAAGUUUGAAGUCUUUCCAAAUUAUCUAGAUUUCGAAGUGACGAAUUUUGACAUGGAUUUUAGUGCAACCCCGUUCGAUAUUUUGGGAUUCUCAAUUGCGGGAAAUGUUUUUAACAAUCACACUGCCCCCGUUGCCAAAAACGGCUUGCCAAACGUUAAAUUGGAGUUAUUCGGUCUGAAAAAUUUUGAAGUCAUUACCGAUACCUUGGGUAAAUAUGUGAUUGAUGGUGUUAAAAGCGGUCAUUAUCAGUUAAAACUUACCAAGGAUCAUUAUUAUUUUCCCUCGGAUUUAAAGAUAUAUGUUUCUCCUAACAAUGCUAUACUCCAAGAUAUAUACCCGGAAAGUUAUGACGUAUGUGGGCGUUUCGAUAAAGAACUUAUGGAUGCUACCGAAAAAUUGCCCCCCUUUGAAAGGAUAAAAAUUUUAUUUUCCGAACAAAAUAAUAAGAAUGUCAAAGAGGAAAUUAAUCCCAGGGCUCAGGGUACCUUUUGUGUUCCACUUAAACCCGGAACAUAUGAUAUUGAAAUAUCCUUACCUAACGAAGAAGCUUUUUCGGGUAUUAAAUAUGCAGCCAAUCCACCUUACAUUCGUGUUAAAAAUAAUCCGAUUCUGGGAUUAGUUUUUAAACGUUAUUAUGUCUCUAUACAAGGACGAAUUCAUUGCAUAGACGAUUGUGCUUUCCAAAAUCUUACUCUUCAUUUAUAUCGCAUUACUUCCGGGCAUGAUCAUCAAGAGAAUCUUCUAAGAUCUACUCAACCCACUAAUAUGAAUAAUAUUGACGAAAACAUAAUAACUAGAUUUUCAUUUGAUUCGCUCCCACCAGGUCCGACAUACAAUGUUUGCGUGGAAGAAUUCAAUCAUGACGUCCUAUGCUGGUUAGAUAAUAAGUAUUGCAAGGAAUUAAGCUACCAUCAGACCUAUGGGUACCCACCAAUAGAUUUAUAUCAGAUUGGACGCAAAAUUAGGAUCAAACCGAGGUUCGAUGAUAACAAACUCGACGACAAAAGAAAAUUCGCCACGUUUCCUGUACGUAUUUUUGGCCAGCAAAAUGCCACGAAGGUCAAUGAAGAUACUCGAAUUAAAUGCGUAAACGUUUUUGGUUAUGAGAAGAAAGAUGGAGAAGCGGAUGAAAGUACUAUGGACAUAACAUGUGAACUUGAGGCAAAAGAACAAAGUCUUUGUUUGCCUGUUAAAGAAAAAUUACACAUCCAACCUCAAACUUGUACCUUAUUUUCUUUCACUACCAAUGAGUUACAAAAGUCAUAUGCAAUCGAUACUUCCAAUCUCAAUGAUUUGGCAAUUGACACACCAGCUUUGCACAAAGCUUAUACCGGCCCUAUAUUAAUAGAAUUUGAACCCGUUCGGUAUAAAUUAUCGGUGGGUAUCAAUAUAUUAACGAAUUAUCGGAUGAGAAAAGGUUAUAAGAUUGCUCGUAUAUGCUUGAUCCCUCUUAUUACACCUGCCAAUGGGAAUGGUCAAGAUCCUUUUUUUUGUGAAGAUGUAAUCUACAAAUCGGACAUCGUAAUUGAAGUUCCAAAUAAACCUAACAGAAUGAUACACAAAACUUUCAACGUUGAUAUUAUCAAACACCCUAAACUAGAGGUAACUAUCCAGUCCGAAGAAUAUUUAUUUCGCCAAUUAUCUUACUCAUUCACAUUUAACGUCGAAGAAAUGGAAAAAGACUGCAAAAAUAAAAUUGUUUUCGAGAUGUUACCCUCGCUCUUCAUUGGUGGCAAAAUUUACCCUUCUACGACAGGCAUUAAAAUUGAUUUGAUAUCGGAAAUAGACAAAUCCAUCCUUAAUACUACUUAUACGGAUGAUAACGGGUCUUACUUGCUCGGGCCUAUAAGCGAUGGGAUAAACUACGAGAUAAUCCCUUCUAAAGACGGAUUUAACUUCCUUAGUCGUUCAACUUUCACUCAAGAUAUUGAUCCCAAUGGCGUUUCACACUCCUUCAAAACAAUCUAUCGCGAUUUUGAUAUUUCAAAAAUAUCCAAGCUAAUUAUUCAAAUAUUUAUCAAAGAAGACCCUAUUCAAUCCAACGCCACACCUUUAUCUAACGUUCUCAUAUCGCUUAGCGGUGUCAAAGAUAGAAAUUAUAAAAGUUUUAACUCGACCGGUCAAAACGGAACAUUAACCUUUAUAGGGCUCGCCCCGGGUCAGUAUUACAUAUUGCCCAUUAUGAAAGAAUUUGAUUUCGAACCCACAUCUCAAUUGAUAACGUUGCAAGAAAAAGGCGAACCGCUUCACAUUAGGAUCUUAGCUAUAAAAUCAGCUUUCAGUUGCAGGGGCAUAGUCACUUCCUUAAACGGCCAACCCCUAACCACAUUAUCUACUGUGCCCCGGGCCUCUAUAUCCACCUCCCAACUUGCACAUUCGACAUACGAUUCUGAUAUGCUGACAACUCCUGGAGCCAAUAACGAAUUACAUAUGGAGGCUAUAGGAAUAGAGCAUAACGAAAAUGACAAUUUAAAUUAUAACAAAAGAAAAUGCAGCUUGCUUAAGGAAGAUGGAACGAUAUCUAAAUCUAGUGGCCACUUUGAAGUUAAGGCUUUAGUUCCUGGCUGCACUUAUAUUUUAACACUCAACGUACUGAGUCAAGAAAUUUUAAAGAUUCAUAGAGGAAAUGGCUCUCACAUAUUAGCCGAUAUAAUCUUGAAAUCCAUUCCUUCUCAUUAUAUAAUAUCGGUUCCUUCUAACCAAAAAGAAGAUUUGCCAGGUUUUUAUCGAUUUCGGGUCAUGACUCCAUCUAUUUCUGAUUCUCUCCUUAAGGUGGAAUCACAUUUUUACGGCAAAGUAAAUAUAUUUGUGGAAGAUCGUGUUAUUGAUAGGAAUGCGCCGAUCCCUCCUUUGGUCAUUCUUCGUUCCUCCUACACAGGCAGAACGGAUUACAAACUUCUAGAUCAUUUUAAGAUAUCCUUGUAUCUUUCUGCUUCAUCUACAGUUUUCGACGAAACGCUCAUUCAAACCAAACAUUUAAAUUCCCGUUCUGAAUUUUUUUCAUUUGAUCCCAUACCAAUGGAUUAUCAGAAAUACACUAUUAAAUUAGAAUCAACCAGUGGUCUCGAUGGAAACCUAUACCAACUCCCCAUAGUUUCUAAAUUAUCAUUUACAGCUGAUUUAUCCUCUCGGUUCCUUUCUUUCGACGUUUUUGUUAAACCCAAACAUCAAUCAAAUUAUGAACAGGUGACAUUCAAUGAUUCGUCAUCUCUCGAUGAAGAAAAUUAUCAGGAAGAUACCGGAAAAACCCCUUCACUUUCCAAUAAAAGUAGUCUGAAGGAGAUGGCCUUAUUCUGCGUUUUCUUACUCAGCUUGAUUAUAAUGAUAUAUGGACACGAACGUUUUAUCAAUUUUUUCCGCAACUUUUUAGUUCCCACACUAGAGUACAUGUUAAACAAAAGUACUUCUACAUUUAAACUUUCACCCGUCAGUUCUAGAAAUAAUUUUUCUGAGUCUUCCUCAGAUACCUAUAUAAAUCAAGACAUUAAUUCAGACGCCUUAUGGGGAGAUUCUUGGAGGAAAAAAGGAAAAGUCAAAAAAACUUAGUCAUUUUAGCCCAAAUAUUAUUGAGGAUUUUUUUUGAUUGUAGAAUAAAUAUAUAGGGAGUAGUUUGUGAUAACUGAGUAUUUUUUGUAGUCAUUUUAGUAUUGGACUUUUUUACUCGAAUUUUUAUUGAUCUUUAUUUUUACCUUACUAUAAAUCAUAAUGAUCCUAUCUUUUGUAUAUUCAAUCUUUAUAAAUUGCUGAUGUUAAACUUUUUCACAAUGUAAUAAAUUAAUUUGGAAAUUACUUAUUUUCUAUUAUAUUCUUCACUGUUAAUUUAACGCAUUAAUAUUUAAGACUUAUAAGGUUAUAUAAAUAUUUAUUGACUAAAAAUACAGUUAUUGAAAAAUGUAAUAAAUUGUAUAAAAUAUAUAUAAAACUUUUAUUUAUAAAUAAUUACAUACAA